AGUGGAUUAUCCGCAGGCUUGAGGAGGCUAUGGCUUAUUCCCAUGCGAUCGAAGGCAUGUAGAAAAAUGAUAUCAGCUUGGCUACCGUUGUCAACUGGCACCUUGUGUAGAUCCCAGCCUGCUACCCUGCAGUUGAUCACCAUGGCGUCUACGUGUGGAGCACUGCGCAAGUCAACGUCUCUGGCAUCGAAAGUGAGCGGUACAUGGGACCACUUUGUUUGCACCACUGGGCCAAUAAGAGCGACAUGGUUCACACUUCGGUAGUGUUCCCUUUUCUGUCGCUUCGUGUUAAAGUCUACGCUUGAUCCCCCAGUGAUCAUGUGGAUGACUCCGUGGUAUGGUGGCUCUGCAAAGUCUUCUUGUUUGGGUGCUUGCGGUGGGUGGAUGUGGUGCGAAGGGUUUGGGUUAUGCGGAGGCGGUGGAGGUAGAACCUGCACCUCUUGAUGGUGCUGGUAAGCGUGGUUGGGUGGAUGUUGUAUUUGUUCGUUGUGGUAUGGUUGUUGGUGAUGGUAAGUGUGCGCGACGACCCUCUGGUUGUCGGUUGGUUGUGCUCUGGACAUUCUGUCCCUGGUGGCCUUGGUCUCCGGACAAUCCCUUGUUGGGUGUGCGCAGUCAUCGCCGUGAAACAAGCAAUAAAAUCUGUGCGGCUGCUGUGUUCGUCCGCUGCCUCUUCCUCUUGUGUCGUUGCCGCGGCCUUGGGUGGGGUAUUCCUGACGACGGGUGUUCUCUCCGGCUGAGUGCUGAUUGGCUAUGUUGUGCACCUGUUGAUGAUUGCGAUUGUCCCUGCCAGAUUCUGGCUGCGCUGGCUUGGUCCAGGUUCUGCUGGACUGUGGAGGGUCCUUGGGCUUCCUUGGAGACUCAAACUUGCGUUGAUGGAGCUCCUCAGACCUGGCAUAUUCCUCAAAUAAUUGAUAUAACUCUUGUAGAUUCUUGGGUGGGUCCCUGAUGCAAUGACUGUACAGGACGCCUGCCCGAAGACCGCUCAUGGCGUAGUGGAUUGCGAUUUGGUCAUCAACUGAUGGCUCAGUUGCGAUUUGAGCGUCAGAAAUUUCCUAUAGUACUCGUGAAGGGUUUCCUUAUCUUGCUGCUUGCAGAGGGAUAACUCGGUCAGGGCGUCUGUAUCGGGUCGGUACCCUUGGAAGUUGAGCAGGAACUUGUCGCGAAGCCCUUUCUGGGAGUCAAUGGACAGUGGCAAUAACCUGGUGUACCAAGUCAAGGUCGGGCCUUCGAGUGCGAUGAUGAAGGAUUUGGCCAUUGUGGCAUCGUCCCCUCCGGACGAUGCGAAGACUACCUGGUAGAUCAUGAUGUACUGAGCCGGGUCGGUGCUACCGUUGUAUUUUGGGUAGGUGUUGGCCUUGAAGUUGGCAGGCCAGGGCGAUGCUUGGAGUUGCGGAGCCAAGGGCUUCGCUCAUCGAGAUAGUUGAUCCCUUGGAAAGCUACAGCGGGUGGAAUGAAGAGGCCACGCUGUGGUAUGAAUGGGUCUCCGACUUGGAUGUACUGCUGGAGAGGCACUGGCGGUGCGAGGGGUACGUGUUGCAGGUUGUACUGGCCUUCGCCUUGCAUGAGCGCGAUCUCUUAAUCUAGCUCCCGAGCUCUCUGCUCCUCAUCUUGUAUCAUUUGACGCACCUUGGCUUGCAUGGUGACUCGUUGGCGCUUGGCUUCGAGGAUUUCUUACUGCUUCUGGAGGUGGUUGUUUUUGAUGCGCAGAGCUUGCAGCUUUAGCAGGUCUUCGGCUGAGAUGCCGAUGACUUCUCCGUCCUCUAUGGUGUCUUCACCCUCUGGUGGAGUGAAGCCUGGUGGUGGUGCGCCUUCGGAACUGCAGGUGCGUACAGUGCCAUCGGGGGUGGGGUGGUCUUGGCGCUGUCUUUUGCUGUUGACAGCGUCAUCUUCGAAGGCCUCUUGAGGGGUGGUGUCCGUGAAGGCCUUGCCUUUCUUUUCCGCUAGUAACGCUGCCCUCGCCGCGUCGUCAAUGGAUGGGGCAGCCUUCAAAUUUGCUCUCUUGGGGGCCAUCGCUGGUUGUUUUUCGUAGCAUGAACGGUGGCCGCCAAAUGUUGGAACAUGCCUGCCUGGGCAAGUUGAUCCAACGAGGAAGUGGAAAGUGUGUUUGCAAAGUUUAGCACGGAAUACCAAAAGCUUGGUUAAUCUCCCGUGUAUGGGCACUGUACGGGGGUAUUUAUAGGUACUCGAGGGGCUGCCUAUCCCUGUCAAAGACGUUUAGAUCCUCGAGUACCCGGUUUAUCCCCAGAAUAUUCCCUCGAGGGGAGGUUACAGAUAGUCAUUAAGGCAAACCUUAUUACAGACACGACCCUUAUCGCACUUGUCCUCGCCGGCCUAUCACUAUGGGCCGAAUCACACAUGGGCCUCCCCCAGUGGUGAGGACGCGGGAGGUCCAUAGACAUCGACAGGGCCUUCGUCUUGCAACACGAGAGCGAAGGGGGCCGCACAGGCCUCCGUCCGGUCGGCGCUCUUGGCUUGUUCUGGUGUGUUCCGUGGAUGUAGCCUUCGUCUGCGCGGUGAGAGGACGAAGUCGUAGAGCGAAGGGUGGAGUGUUCGCCUUCGCCCCAACACUUCUAUGCUUCUUUUAUGCCUUCUUUUUUAGGUGUUGCAUCCUCAGUUCCUUAGUCCAACCCUCUUCGUAUUCUGUGAACUAUAAAUACAAACACUAGCAAACAUAUUAGUCCAUAGGUUAUGUUGAUCAUCAAACAUCAAAAUUCCUUUAGCCAAAUGGCCCGGGGUCCAUUUUCCUUAUAGACCAACUCACGUCGAGCAACCUUGCAAGGUGAACAUACCGACCAACUCCUGCCGAGCAACCAUGCGAGGCGGGCAGGCUGACCAACUCCUAUCGAGCACCCCUGCGAGGUGGAUAUGACGACCCACUCCCGUCAAGCAACCCUGCGAGGUAGGCGGUGCGACCAAAUCCUGAUGAGCAAUUCUGCAAGGCGGAGGAGCAAAUGCCCAUAACAAGGGCUAGUACAUAUGUGGGUCCCGGUGACAUGACCAUCUAUCACACACACAAUAGGUGCAUGCCUGUACCUGCCUGACAUCAGGACACGACCAGCAUUGUUGACCCAUGCCAACCACGAUAAAGGCACGACACCAUCAAAUAUCGUCUUGGCUGACGCUACGACACACCAAGUGAGUUACAAAGGGUCUCCGUCAAUAGGAAAGGUCACCACGAACGACCCUUAAUGGCCCCUGACUCUGCCAUGUGGGGCUAGCCAAGCUCCGCCACUUGGAACCUCAGCAUCAGAGUCUCUAUUGUGACUCGUAUACUGGGUGGGACGGUGCUGAAAGGGAAAUGAUCACUUGGGCCAUUUCUAUAUUGUUUUGGUGAUUAAAUGCUCAACACAUUGUCUUGGACUAACAACGUGAUGUAUGAGCAUAAGCACAGGUAUUUGAAAGGCAAUUUGAGAAACACAGGAAAAUGCAUUUGGUGUAUAUUGCAAAUCCUAUUACAUUAAAUGAACAAGGUACAAUUCUAGCACUUAGUAAAUUGUUUUUGUUGCUAACUAUGUUUAUGUAAGUGCUAGGAAACUUCUCAAGUUGAACUAUUUUGGAGAAAUGGUGUUUAGAUAAGAUUAGCCAAACUUGUGACAGUCUGGAGCACCGAAUAGUGUCCGAUGCCCAUGCUAGUCAUCCGGUGAACAUGACGCUCUUGGGAAUCCGUUGUGACGUCGUGACUAUAAUUUACCGGACUGACCGGUGUGCCAGCCGCGCGCCUGGCCAGCGGUCAUCCGCGCAAUCUGCGCAGGACAUGUCAUCUUGGCCAACGGUCACCAGGUCGCAUCGGACUAUCCAGUGCGCCACCGGACUGUCCGGUGUGCCAAGUGAUCAACUAUCUACAACGGUCGGCUCGACUGAAUAAGGAAGGAGAUCGUCUACUAUGCAGUGUUCGGUGUGCACCAAAUAGUCCGGUGCACCCGCGGACAGAAGGCAACCAUGGCCUCCCAAAUGAAGAUCAAACGACUCCUUGGUCCCUUGGGGCUAUAAAAGGACCCCCUAGGCGCCAUGGAGCAGGACACAAGCAUACUUUGAGCACACUACAACUCCAAUACUCCGUGACCACGCUGCUAAUUCAUUAGAUAGAGAUUUGAGCGCGUUCUUGAACUGUGACUCUGACGUUUUGAUUCUUACGCUCUUUUCUUUACUUGUGUGCGUGUUGUUGCUGUGAUUGUGUUCUUGUGUGUGUUUCUACUCCCAUCCUUAAACUGUUUUGAUUGUAAACACUUGUGUAAGGCAUGAAAGACUCCAAUUUGUGGAGAUUCCUCACAACCGGGAUUUGAUAUAAGGAAGAAAACCGUGGUACUCAAGUUUGAUCUUUGGAUCACUUGAGAGGGGUUGAGUGCAACCCUUGGCCGAAGGAGGUCACCACAACGUGGAGUAGGCAUUGGCCGAACCACGGGAUAAAAACGUGGUGUCUCAUGUCCAUUUACUCUAUUGCAAUUAUUGUCUUUUUGAGUUCUCAUAUUCACUUGUAUUAUUGCUCCUAAGUUUGAUACACGUUUAAAAGUAACAAUCAAGUUAAUAGUUCUCCUCUCUCCAUCUCUACUCAUACCAACUUGGUUUUAGCUUCCACUAACACUCAUUAUAAACCAAGUUUGUGUUGUUUAGAGUUCAUUUUUGUAGGAUCACCUAUUCACCCCCUCUAGGUGCUCUGAGGAGCGAUUAGCCAUACCUGGUGUAUGCCUACGCAUGUAUUAGAAGACGACAUCAGGGGGAUUAUGUCAAAAGUACUCCUGUAGACGAUGGACCAUAGCCUUAUUCAGAUAAGAAAUCCCCUUGUAAGGGCCUCCCCCUUGAACUAUAAAAGGUAGACAGACGAACAUGCAUGGGAGGAGGAGAAGAGAGCAUUUGAGCCAGAGUUCCCCCUUCCUCUCGAUCUCACACUUACACCUUCUAUAAGAAUACAAUGAUUAGCAGUACAUUGGACGUAGGGCACGAGCUUGAACCAGUAGAACCCCUCUUUAGUCACUUGAUUCACCAUGCGAAGUUGAGUCCCCAUUUUUCAAAACCACGACACUCGGUUCUUUGUGAACUCAUUAUGGAGACACAUGGUUCUUUCUGAAUCCGAACUCUAGGAAAAUGCAUGUGUCUCUUGUGCUAGUUACUUUCUUACCACAUUUAUCUUUGCUUGUUUGGUUCAUACUUGCUAUACUUAUUGAUUUGAGCUUUAUCUCCCAUUCAAUCUUGUUGCUAGCUUCUAUUCCGCUCCAAGUGUUGCUAGCUUAUAGCAAAUGAUAAUCCUUGAAUACAUACGCUGCUAUAUUACUCUAUUAUUACCCACCAAAUUAUGAACUUUCGGUUUAUAUCUUGUAUUUGAGAAAGAAAUUUUAGGUGCUUCCUAUUCACCCGUUAUAGCCAACUUUUAGAGUUGUGUGGCUACACUGGUGACUAAACAAGGAUGAGGAGUAAGUGGAAGGGUGCCAAAUGACAUAGAUAGCAUGCACCAUGAAAUCUCUCAUUGAGAUUAUGGAAUACACUGCAUUCAAGUGCCAAUACAACCUUAUGGCUCCUCGGCGCAAUGAGGAAGAAGAUUGAAAAAUGUGGGAAGAAAUUUGGACUCUAGAAGCUAAUGAGGAUGAGCCUCCCAGUCCAUCCAUGCCCGAAUGGUGUGGGGACAAUGACAUUGACAUAGUUUACCUCCUUGAUCAUGGCAUGUGAUCGACUAGACCAAGUGUGUUAGUUAGUCCUAUGUAAAUGCAUGCAUGUGGUUAAAGUUGUGUACCUAUUUAAGUACCUAGAACAUCUAUAUCUUCACUCCUUUAUUUUUCAUGGAAGUUUACUAUCAUGUCAUUUAUCAUAGUGGAUUAGUUUCUUAAUUUCAUAAGAAGCUAGAAUAACAAGGUUACAUUCACAUAAAGUUGAGUACAUCAAGACCAUCCAUACAACAAUAUGAUUACUUAAACAAGAACAUGAAGCCGAUAAACAUUAUUAAAGCAAAAAAGUUCCCACUAUAUAGUUUCCUUGCUUUUCUAGCUCAAUUACCUUGCUCAUGUUACCAUUCAUCUUGUUCAAAGAAACAAUAAUGUCCUAAUUUUUAGUCACAUAUGACUACUUGUACUCGCUCAUCUUUAGCACAAUCAAUCAUGCCCCUUUCAUCAUGCUAUCUAACUUAAACUUCACGGUGUAGGCAUCCAUUCACAUGACAAAUUUGCAUUGUUUAAGAACCUAAACCAACAAAUUAAACUCAAUUAGAACCUACGCAUGGCAUCAACCGAACUAAUGUAGUCAUUACCACAAUCAAAUGGGCAAGGGAACAUCACCACAAAGAGGAUGGACCUUUCCUAGUUGUGGCUUGCUCUCACACUUCACAAACUCCUGGCUAUACUUGUUAUGCUUUGACCUUUUACAUCUAAGCCUCACUAAUGACUCCAACAUGGACACUUAUGAUAGCGGGUGAGUGGCAUUGACACGUACCUAGGCCAUCCAAUGCCACCGUUGAAAGAGCUGCUCACACGUGACCUGAUCACGAAGAAGGAGUGCUAGUGGAGGGAGGAGCAUGGAGGGGAUGUUAGUUGUGCGAAAUGCCAAAGCGGGAAACCAUGAUGACCGGAGUUGUAGCCUGUCAUCUCGACCAGUUCCAAAGUGAGUAUCACCAUCGUGGGGAGGAGACAUCAGCCGUGGGGAGAGGGAAAGCCAACGAGGGUAGUAGAACCACUGUAACCAUCGCUAGGAACUCCAAAGCGACGAGCGCUAGUGCGGGAACGUGUGUGGAGGGGAUGUAGCCGUGGUAAAGGUCAUCACGGGGAGCAGGGAUGACAUAAAUGAAGUUUGGAGUCGUGGUCGACUGUCGUGACUAGAUCCAAAGCUUCUACCUCUGAUACAGGGUGGGGAUGGCCAUUGCAGAUAGCGUGGAAGUCGAUGAUGUAGAGCGAGGCCACGACUGAUCUUUGAGAGCAGCGUUGGAGUGACAUAGACGAAACGAGACUAGAGGAGGGAAGAUCGAUGGCUUGGGGAGUGGCGUCGUAGAGCGCCAAUAGGGGUCGACAUCUACUUCAAUUUGACUCAAAUGAGGAACAUUUUGAUGUUGACGAUGGGUUUCGUCUGUAAAUGGAUCGAAGCCAUCGUACGUGUAACUGUGUAAGUGACAUCGUGGACAAAAUUACUCCAUAAAAAUAUCAACAUAUAUGAAUGCUACACUAAAAAACUAAGCAAGCGAUGGUUCCACACAACUAAACCAUAUGUCCUAACUCAGAGGGCGAUAGAAAAAAAGUCAAUUAAAGAUCAAAUUUAAAUGCACUAAAGAUAAUAGUUAGCUGUUAAAAUUGACUAGAUAUAUCCAUUUGACCAUACAUCUCGUACUAAUAGUGCAACUAACUAUUAACUGCACCUUUAUCUAUCUAUCUAUCUAUCUAUCAGGUUAUUAUCUAAUUCAAGUAUUUAAUAGUUAAUCAGCCAUUUAUUAGUCAACUAAUUCUACUAACACAUUUUAGCCAGUGAACUAUUAAUUGCAUUCCAACAUGACAUAAAAUACCCUCUCACAACCCGACCCCACCGCUGCCACGUCCACGUGCGCCGCACACGCACCGCCCCGAGCCGAGCUCCCUCGUUUCCCUUUUAUACCCCUCGCCAGUCGCCACGCGCAUUCCCCUCUCCACUAGCUCCGGUCCGAAGAGGGAGGGAGGACCGGAGGAGGACGCCCGUUGCCACUGCCGCGCCGCUCCCGCCUCCCUCUCUCCAUCCGCCGAGCUCGAGAAGCCACCAUGAUCUCCGCGCGCACCGCCGCAGCUUCCCCCGCUUCCCUGUGGAAGCAGGGAGGACGAAGCGAGGGCGGCGGCAGCUGCGACGGAUGUCGGACUUACAGGAACACUUUGCGGAGGGCCGCAGCAGCGAAGGUGCGUGCCUUGCCGUCGAGGGCGGUGGAGGCGGUCAAAAUGGGCUCCGCCGCGGAGAUGGAGCAGGAGGAGGCGGAGGUGGCCGCGGCCGCGGCCGGCGUCGUCGUCGAGGACCACUACGGCGAGGACAGCGCCACCGAGGAGCUGCCCAUCCUGCCCUGGGCCUUCUCCGUCGCAAGUUGGUUGAAAAAAUACGCUGAGGAGUCUUAUUUCUACAUCAGCGGUUACACCCUCUUGAGGGAUCCACAUCACAACAAGGGUCUUGCUUUCAUGGAGAAGGAGAGGGAUGCACACCACUUGCGGGGGCUGCUUCCUCCUGCAGUUGUGCCUCAAGAACUCCAAAUUAAGAAGAUCAUGCACAACCUGCGGCAGUACCAGGUCCCUUUGCAGCGCUAUAUGGCCAUGAUGGACCUUCAGGAGAGGAACGAGAGGCUUUUCUACAAGCUUUUAAUUGAUAACGUGGAGGAGCUGCUUCCUGUGGUUUAUACACCAACUGUAGGUGAGGCCUGCCAGAAGUAUGGGUCCAUCUUUCGACAACCACAGGGUCUGUAUGUCAGCUUGAGGGACAAGGGGAAGGUCCUAGAAGUUCUAAGGAACUGGCCACAUAGGAACAUUCAAGUUAUCUGUGUUACUGAUGGUGAGCGAAUCUUGGGACUUGGAGAUUUGGGUUCUCAGGGAAUGGGAAUUCCUGUAGGCAAACUUGCUCUAUACACUGCUCUUGGAGGAGUUCGUCCAUCAGCUUGUUUGCCUAUCACAAUCGAUGUUGGCACAAAUAAUGAGAAACUGCUUAAUGAUGAGUUUUACAUUGGACUCCGGCAAAAACGUGCAACUGGCGAGGAGUAUCAUGAGCUUAUGGAAGAGUUCAUGGCUGCUGUUAAGCAAAUCUACGGCGAGAAAGUCCUCAUUCAGUUUGAGGACUUCGCGAAUCAUAAUGCUUUUAAUUUGCUUGCAAAAUAUAGCAAGAGCCAUCUUGUUUUCAAUGAUGACAUCCAGGGCACAGCAUCAGUGGUCCUUGCAGGUUUGUUAGCAGCACUCAAGGUGGUUGGUAGGACCUUGGCAGAGCACACUUAUUUAUUCCUUGGUGCUGGGGAGGCUGGAACUGGUAUUGCAGAACUCAUUGCUCUUGAGAUUUCAAAACAGACGUCGGCUCCAAUUGAAGAGUGCCGCAAGAAGAUUUGGUUGGUGGACUCAAAGGGUUUGAUUGUUGACUCUCGUAAAAACUCCGUUCAGUCAUUCAAAAAACCUUGGGCACAUGAGCAUGAGCCCUUGACAACCUUGUACGAUGCUGUUCAGUCCAUCAAACCUACAGUUCUGAUUGGGACGUCUGGAGUUGGAAGAACAUUCACAAAAGAAGUUGUUGAGGCCAUGGCUUCCUUCAAUGAGAGGCCUAUCAUCUUUUCACUGUCAAAUCCAACCUCUCAUUCUGAAUGUACUGCUGAAGAAGCAUAUAACUGGACUCAGGGUCGUGUAAUAUUUGCCAGUGGCAGUCCAUUUGACCCUGUGGAGUACGAUGGGAAGGUUUUUGUACCUGGACAGUCGAACAACGCCUACAUUUUCCCUGGAUUUGGCCUCGGUCUUGUUAUCUCUGGAGCCAUCCGUGUCCACGAGGACAUGCUUCUUGCCGCCUCGGAAGCACUAGCUGCUCAGGCCACACAGGAGAACUUCGACAAGGGAUCAAUCUUCCCGCCCUUCACCAACAUUAGAAAGAUCUCUGCGCGCAUUGCCGCAGCCGUGGCUGCAAAAGCUUAUGAACUCGGUACGCACGUGCCCUCUGUUUUGCUUUGCAGUGCAGACACCAUUCCACACCUUGGCGUUCACCACACCGUCACUUCCCUCUGCAGGUUUGGCGACCCGUCUGCCUCCCCCAAGGGACCUGGUGAAAUAUGCACAGAGCUGCAUGUACACUCCUGUCUACCGUAACUACCGGUAGUGCUGCUGGGAUCAAUUCUGCAGUAAUAAAAUAUGUCGACGCAGAUGAUCCUGCAAUGUUGUAGUUUAUUUUUUCAUUUGUUGGCCCUGCUGCUGACCACCUUUGUGGCUGCUAGACACUGUACCUGUCUAUGCAUAUAUGAUACUGGAACAUUUGGCGCGCUGUGGGCGUCCCUGUCAUGAGAUCAAUUGCAGAAAUAAAAUGCAAUUUAGAUUUGA